UCUCUCACUUCCGGUUCCGCUUCCUGUUCUUGAGUUUCCCGGACUUGGAGCUGGCCCCUUUUCUGCGACUCGCCAAAACUCCCCGCCACAGGGACGCCCCCUCCACCCGUCCAAGAUGCAUUACCUAGUGCCUGGGUCACGGUCGCCGUCACAGGCACCUGGACCCCACCCCCGGCCUGCUCGCUGUCCCUCUCUCUCUCUCUCCCCGCGCCUGCCCGCAGGCGCCUCGGGCCCGCAGGUGCGGACGACGGCGAGAUUCCACGGGGAGACUCGCCAGCAGACCGGGAGAGAGGGCAGACGAGGCAAGGUCGCGUAGCGCCCCCAGGCUGAUGUUGCAGAUUUGCCCUUUUAGGUCAGGACCAUGAAGCUGAUAAACCGCAGACCAUACUGUUGCAAGGAGCUUGAAGGAGCUGAUAUCCUGUCAGACACUUUGUACUCUAAUGAAGUGCACACUCCGCUGCUGACAACUACUCGCCCAACUGCCUCAGGGGACAGGUAUCAGGAAUUAAGAGAGUCACUCCCACAAUGCCGGCUUCCAUGGGGUGCUGAGAGGGAAUAUGGGGGAAUAAUUCCAGUUGCGCUCCCUGAGGAACACAGGCCCAAAUGUGAACCUCCUUGUGUCAUGGGCAAAGGACAUCAGCAUUAUGGAUUUGGUGGAGAAAUCUGUUCAAGAAAACUUCCUAUUGAACAAUUCUAUUAUUUGACACAAAACAAAAAAAGUGACGUCUAUGGAAAUGAUUCUUUGUUGCCUAAACCACCAAAUUCAGCAGUAGAAGAAAUCUGCUUGCCUUAUCCAGUCGAACACCCAUACCAUACACACACCCCUCGUGGUGCCAUGUUCCCAACCUUCACGUUUCCAAAGGAGCUCUACUCACGUUACAAACCCCGCACUCACCGACCAUUUCCUCCCACGGUGCCAACCAAGACUUAUGAUACAACAGUUUUGAAGACAAGAGGUAAUCCUUACAGAUACGAACUACUUGAUUUCCCCAUGGAUUCAAAGAAGAGAGCAUUGAGUUGGCCAGGUCAGGAUGUAUACUAUAACUUUCCUAAAUGUGUUGAGAAAAAUAAGCCAUUAUUCUACCCAAAACCACCUAAAACCUUUGCUCCUAACACUUGUUUAAAUUCAUUGGAUGCUACUAACUAUGCAAAAGAAGCCAACAUACAAAGAAAUCUUGAAAGAUCGCAAUGGAUCAGUUCAUACAAUCACGAUUUUACAGGCCUGGGACCCAUGAACCCCCUUGAACUGGAUGAUUACCAUGAAAAGGAAGUAGCAGACUUAACAGGACAGACAGAAUUUGACCCAUUGCCUCAAGAAAAAUUCCACUCUGUCUAUAAACCUUGCAGACCCUUGGAAGGGAGAAUUGCCAGACUUAAUCAGAAUCGACGUGCCCUGGAGGCUGCUGUUCAGCAAAGACUGCUAGCUUCCUGUCCUGAUUGUACUCCUAGAGUUUUGUGCGAUUUUCAUACCUUUGGACCUAGUUCUGCAGAAAUACUGGCACUAAGCAAUAAUAUACGAUCUGGUGUGACCCAUAGAAUCCAGGAUAUUGAAGAGAAAAUUAAGAAAGAACAAGGCUUUCUGUCUAACUAUCCUCCCUCACCUUGUAACUCAGCAAAAGAUUUCACUAGCAUUUAUGAUACAAAACCAUUUCGAAAAAUCACAGAUACUCAAAAGACCGAUGAUUUGUAUUGGAGACAGCUGUCAUUAAAACCCCCAUCCAUACCUUGCUAUAAGUCAAGUGAUUACAUUGACUAUGAAGAUUUUAAAUCUACUCUACGUGAUCCAUAUACUCUAUAUCAAAACUCUGUUAGCCUUAGUAAGCCUAGUAUUUUGCAAAAUACACAAGAAGACAUGAAAACUUGCACUUUAGAACAUUUUUUAGGUACACCAGAAGAACAGCUGGGCAUGAACAUAGAAAGCAAUGAAGAAACAAGACCUUUUUUAGGUUGGAUUCCCAGAGCACUGUCCAAGCCUCACACCAACCUGCUGGAUCUUAAGAACUCUUUUUCAAAAACUGGUGCACAAAAACGUUUUCGUAAUUCAAUUCUAGAAGACCAUAAAGACCUCAGAGAUAAAGUGAACUCAGGGAUGAAACACCAGUUCUUUGGACAUAAUUCUUAUUAUUUCCAUAAUUGAGAUACUCCUUCUUUUCUUCAAAACGCAGCCUCUUAUAAAAGAAGAAAAAAAUAUAACAAUUUCCUUUGUUUUGCUGGGUACAAUUUCUAAAUUAAGCCACAAAGACCUUGUUAAUGAGGUUUAUGUUUUUAGGAAUUUAAAUUAGGAUCUGAUCAGAAGAACCCCACAAAUGUGAUGUUCUGACUUUUCAAACAGUUUAACAAUUUGUCAAUAAAUAUUGGAACCAGAAAAAUUUUAGUCUUUACUCUCAUUUUAAAAAAUUAUGAAAAAAAUCAGUAGCAAAGUUUACAUUGUCACUGUUAUAAAAAAAAAUGAAAAUUUGAGUCAGGAAUGGUGGCAUUUGUCUGAAAUCUCAGCACUUGAGAGGCUGAGGCAGGAGGCUCACCAUGAGUUCAAAUCAAGGCCAGCCUGGGCUACAUAACAACACAUUAACUCAAAAAAAAGUUUUUACCAAAAAAUGCUCAAGAAUUGACAAAUGAUUCUACAACCUAUAGCUGAAGAAUUAAAACAUUCAGGAAACCCCUCUUGCCUUGUCACUCGGUCGGAACAACCAGAUGUUCUGACCUGAUAGGGAAGUUGUGAUCCGACGUCCCCAAAAAUAAGUGCACCAUGAACUAUCGACCCUGCCAGACAGGAUAUGAGUUUUCAAAAACAUCAAGCCACCUGCCGCAGAUAGCUCACCCACCAGUAAGCAAAUGACACGACCCCUGUUAACCAAUGCCAUCUGCUUCUGUAACCGACGCUUGCUUUACGGCUUUCGGCUUUAUAUACUUUGCACUUCCCUACUCGGCACUCUCUCUCCCGCUCCCCUUUCCCACCGGAGUGCGGUCGGAGGGUCCCUCGCAUGCGCGGACAAUAAAACCCCUUGAUUUUUCAUGA